AUGAGCAAAAGAGAUGCUGCCGAGGCAGCGCCUGAAGCGCCGCCAGCCAAAAAGCCCAAUUGCGGCGGUCCUGAUGGUAUAUACAUUGAUGAUGCCGAAGACGACGUGACUAGUGCUCAUACUCCAUAUUCUGUCCAGGGACCCGACUCGCCUCAAACUGUCAACACGGCUGCUACGACUCCACGGGCCAAGUUUCCCUCGGAUUUGAAAACCCUCGCUUGUACAUGGCCUGGUUGCCCCAAAACGUUCAAUCGACCUGCGAGACUCCGAGAUCACCUAAAUUCCCACACCAACUCCCGACCAUUCAAGUGUCCCUACGAUGGCUGCGACAAGGACUAUAUCGAAGAUAAGCAUCUGAAACAGCAUAUCAAAGCUGUUCAUACUCUCGAGCGAAAACAUGUUUGUCCGAAGGAAGGAUGCGGCAAGAGCUUCGUUACAGGUACUCGUCUGAAGCGUCACCAGGCAGUUCACGAAGGCGAGGAGAGAUUCCGCUGCCAAGAUUGUGGACAGAGCUUCAGGAAGAAGGAAACAUUGAGCAAGCACGUCCGAAAGGACCACCAAGGAUUGCCUGCACUUCAGUGUUCUGAGCAGGGAUGUACACAGGCUUUUGACUCGAAGGCAGCUCUCAAACGGCAUCGGGAGAAAGACCAUGGUGAAGCAAAGUUCUGGUGUGGUGAAUGCGGCCUGCAAAAAAUGCCCGAUGGUACAGAACAGCGUAUUGGAUUCACGACAGAAGUGCUACUUCAGGCACAUAUUCGCCAAGAACAUCAGAACUGCAUCUUCUGCGAAUUCAAGCCAGCUUCACGCUGGGAUCUUGAGAGGCAUAUUGAAAUGCACCACUCUGGCCAAUCUGUUGAGGACCGCAAGAAUAUUCCUUGCCCCUUCAUUGACUGCGACAAGAAGUUCACCAAGAAGUCGAAUGUGAACGCGCAUAUUCGUACGGCACACGAAAAAGUUCGAUUCGUCUGUGGCGAGGUCGAUCUAAGCAGUUCCGGCCUACAGGGUUGGACGAAUGAUCAAGGAUGUGGUGACAAGUUCAGCACAAAGAGUCGAUUGGAAGAUCACAUUCGCUACAGCCUCAAGCACCUUGCCGAGGAGCGUCCGAAACUCUCUAAGCCAGAGCCAUCUCAAGAAGUCAAUCUCAUCGAUGAGCUUUCCGGCGCCGCCAACCAAGCAGACCGAACUAUCUCAUGCCCUCACUGUCACGAAGCCUUUAUUCGUUAUCACGACAGAGAUACACACGUCGAGUUGUAUCACCCACCGAACCCCGACCCCUCUUUGCUAUUGUCUGGGGAUUACUUUGAUCCCUCUCAGUUCUCCUUUGAUAACAGCUAUCCCAACACGCCCUCUUGGCCCAUCAUGUCGGAGGAUGAGAUAUUCGCUGCAUCCAUGGACUACCGUCCUCUUCAGGAUGACUGGCCUGAAGACGAGGCCAACAUGCUUCUUUUGGCACGCGAUCCAACAUUUCAGGACCCUCUUGUCGAUCCAGCUCUUGGUGCCAUAUGA